GCUCCACUCCUGGCCUGAGCCGCCUGAGAGCCGGUCAUGGGACACUCAGCUGUCCUUCUCUGUGUGGCUCUGGCCAUUCUUCCAGCUUGUGUCACUGGGGCCCCUGUCCAAAGACAGCAUAAGCUACUCCUCGUAUCCUUUGACGGAUUCCGCUGGAACUAUGACCAAGACGUGGACACCCCCAACCUGGACUCCAUGGCUCAGGAAGGGGUAAAAGCCCAGUAUAUGACUCCUGCCUUUGUCACCAUGACCAGCCCCUGCCACUUUACACUGGUCACCGGCAAAUACAUCGAGAACCAUGGGGUGGUCCACAACAUGUUCUACAAUACCACCAGCACGGUGAGGCUGCCCUACCACGCCACGCUCGGUAUCCAGAGGUGGUGGGACAACGGCAGCAUACCCAUCUGGAUCACAGCCCAGAGGCAGGGCUUAAAAACCGGCUCCUUCUUCUACCCCGGUGGGAACGUCACCUACCAAGGAGAGGCCGUAACGAUGAGCCGGAAGGAGGGCGUCUUACACAAUUACAAAAAUGAGACGGAGUGGAGGGGGAAUGUGGACACGGUGAUGAAGUGGUUCCUGGAAGAAGAUGUGUCCCUGGUCACUCUCUACUUUGGGGAGCCAGACUCCACUGGCCACAAGUAUGGCCCUGAGUCCCAGGAGAGGAAGGACAUGGUGAAGCAGGUAGACAGGACUGUGGGCUACCUCCGGGACAGCAUCAAGCGCCACCACCUCUCCGACAGCCUCAACCUGAUUAUCACAUCGGACCACGGUAUGACAACCGUCAACAAGAAGGCUAGUGAUCUGGUGGAGUUCCACAAGUUCUCCAACUUCACCUUCCAGGACAUCCAGUUUGAGCUGUUGGACUAUGGGCCUAUCGGGAUGCUGAUACCCAAGGAAGGGAUGCUGGAGAAAGUUUACAGUGUCCUGAAGGACGCCCACCCCAGGCUGCAUGUGUACAAGAAGGAGGACUUCCCGAAGAACUUUCACUACGCCAACAACCCCAGGAUCACACCUCUGCUCAUGUACAGUGACCUCGGCUAUGUUAUCCACGGGAGAGUGAAUGUCCAGUUCAACAAUGGUGAACAUGGCUUCAACAACCAAGACAUGGACAUGAAGACCAUCUUCCGGGCCGUGGGUCCCAGCUUCAAGGCAGGCUUGGAGGUGGAACCCUUCGAGAGUGUCCAUGUGUAUGAGCUCAUGUGCCAGUUGCUGGGCAUUGUGCCCGAGCCCAACGAUGGGAAUCCUGGCAUCCUGCGACCCAUGCUCCGGUCAGGGUCCGCGUCCUUGCUCAGCAGUCAGCACCACUUGGUGGCGUUGUUGGUGGGGAUCCUAACAUGUCUGGCCAAGGUCCUAUAAUGCCCCACCACUUAAUCCAGUUCCGAGGCCCAGAAGGCAGAGGAGGCUCAAAGCAUGAAGCUGAGACUCUGUUUCCUGCGUCUCAGCCUGAAGUUUCCUUUCCCACGAAGCACCUUCCAGAUUCUCACUCUUUCCCUUCCCCACUUCACCCACUCCCACUUCCAGUGCAGGAGCCAGAACACAGCAGCAUCUGGAUUCUACCAAGCUGGUGACUCCAACUAGCCUGGAAGCCAGAGAACCACUCCUGAGGCCCCCUCCAGCACAGGCUUGGAGGACAUCUCUGUAGACAGGCCAUCAGAUCCCUGCAACAGUCACACUGCCCCUCCCCCCCAGAUGCCUCCCUAGCAUCUACCCAGAGCCACCCACUCCUUCCUGCCACCAUCCUCCGGUGCAGACCUCAAACCUCACGCUGAACUGGUUUGAGAACAGCAAAGCUAGCUGGUUCUGGAGUGCACCAGGAGCCAGCCUCGCUCUGAGGACACCCCAGCAUGACUGAGUGACAAGACCAGUCUAUUUUGUGUCCUGUGCAGUCUCAACCCUUGGCCAGAGCAGAAGAAGGUCAUUCUGCUCUUCUAGAAACAUAAAACAGCUCACGCAAUGCC